AUGGAAGAGCCACAACCAAAAGAAGAUUCAUUCUUGCAGGCCGCUGCUAAGUUGAAACGGAAACAUUCCGCUCCACCACCCAGUAAGAGACGCUGUUUCAGAUGUGGUCGCAUCGGGCACUACAGCACGACGUGCCGCGUGAAUACAAAUAGUGGAUUGGGGAGCACUGCCAAAAACCUUCAAGAGCGAUCCAAACACAGCGGCCAGACACGUGGUAAUUCAAGGAGUAGAUGCACAGCGCGUCAGAUUCAACAUAAAAGGAUUGACGAGCGACGAAAAGCUAACGACAAUAACCACAAAAGAUAUAGAGAAUAUACUUGGACCGUACAGGAUGACAGCCCACUCGAUAAAGAGAGGAGUUUUGGCCCACGCCGCGGCAGCAGUGGUAGAACACGAUCUCGACCCACGGUUAUUAACGCAGUUAGGGAAACAUGCAGAUCCAAUGGAACUCCCACGAAGCACGGUGUGAUAUCUAGGCCAUUGAGCCGCAACAAUAAACAAGUUAGCACACCUCACAUCAUUGAUGUAAGAGAAUUGGAAAAAUGGGCAGCGGGUAAAUGGGAAUUACCAGAAUGUACAAGGCAACAUUUCUGCGCCCCCUUCAAAGGGCAGAACAUUCUUCAACGAUCACACCACACCAGGGUGGCAACGAAAGAUGACGAAGCCCGAUUACCGUUACAACAAAUAGGCGUAGGAACACUGUCCACCAAAUGGAUUAGAGAACGCCCGAAUAAUAGUGCCAGGAGGCGUUGGGACGAGGUGUGGAAUAUUAUGCAGAAACCCGAGUUGCACGCCAGACGGCGUGAAUCCAAUUUACGAAUUAACAACGCUGAUGCGCAGCGGAUGAAGGAAGCAGGAAUUAUUUGUACAGCUUCAUCCCACACAACCGCAGGGUGGGUAGUACCGUUUACGGUAGUGGAGAAAAAACCCUCCGGGCAGAGAAGGCGAUUCAUUGCGUGGCCAAGAGGAAAGAAUGACAAGGAUGUGAUUAUGCUGCCGAUGUUCCUCUUGGACGCAUUUCCCGAUACCUGGGUGUAG